AUGAAGUCCUUCCUUCCCCUCCUCUCGCUGGCCAUCAGCGCCUCCGCCACCGCCAUCCCCGCCCUGGAACCCCGCCAAACCGCCGCCGAAGUGCAGUCCCUCCCGGCCAAAUACUUCCCCGACUCCCAGCGCGUCAAGAUCCGCUAUGGCCCCUUCCAGCUCCCCAGCUCCGAGCAACGCUCCGUAAUCGGCGAAUCCGGCACCAUGUCUACCAUCCGCACCAACCUCCGCAAACCGUGCACCGACUGCGGCCUCACCGCCGCGCAGGCGGGGCUGGAGUACGCGGACGGCUCGCCCGCCGACGUCGGCACGGGGGCGUGGCUACACCACGUCGUCAUGCUGAUGUCUGGCACGGGGAAGCGCGAUGUCGUGUGCCCGUCCGGUGUGCUCAGCAUGCUGGGGGAGCGGUUCUUCAGCAGCGGCAACGAGCGGUCGCCCACAAUGUUCGGUGACGUGGAGACGCAGACCCUGAAGGCGAUGUAUCCCAUCGCGGCGGCAGAUCGGAUCAACAUGCAGGUGGAACUGAUGAACAUGAAGCCGCAGGAGCAGACGGUGUAUUUCACGGUGGAGUGGGAGUUUCUGCCCAAGGCGGCGACGGCCGGGUUCAAGCAGACGAAGGCGCUGUGGAUGGAUGUGACGAAUUGCGGAGUGAGCUCGGUGGCGCCGCCGGCGAAUAAGCAGGUCUUUACGUUGAAGAGCGACGCGUUUACGAUCCCGGCGAAUGGGCAGAUGUUGGGCACAGCCGGCCAUCUCCACGACGGCGGCGUCAAUGUCAACGUCUACCUGAACGACAAGGUGAUCUGCGACUCGCAAGCGACCUACAGCACUACUACAAUGGGUGGCAUGGCCAUGUCAGACGGCCACGAUGGAGACGCGCACAUCGCGACGAUGAGCGGAUGCACGAACAUAGGGCCGGUCAAGCAGGGCGACAAGCUCCGCAUUGAGGCCAACUAUGACCUGGACAAGCAUGCGCCCAUGCAUAACCAUGGGGAUAGCGGGGGCCUGGCGGCGGUAAUGGGGAUCGCCAUUAUGUAUAUAGCCUUAGAUUGA